CUCUUGCUUCGACAGCGGCGAGCAAAAGGCUGAGAGGGAGCUCGGGACCUUUCAGUUUACAGGCGCGGAGGAGGCAACUGCAGGCCGUCCGUCCGUCGGUAGGAUCCAGCAGCCGAAGAAGAAGAAGCCUUCUCUCCGGUGACUGGAGUUUGUGCAGAAAGGCACAGCAGCCCCCAAAAAAGGGGGGCCGAGACGAUAAUUGCCUUUCUAGCUGCCCCACGGGGAACAUGGAAUAUUUGACCUCAUCUUUCUUCACCUGCGAGCCUCUCCAGUGAAUUAUUCCUGAUGAUGGACGCCGCUGCAGAUACCGCGGAUGUCCUCAUAGAGGCCGCCGUACGGUGCCCCUCCCCUCCAUCAUGCAGCCAGAGGACCGAAGAGGAGUGCCACAAUAUAGAACAGCUUGAAAAGGAGAGACACUGUACCAAGGUUAAACCAAAGAAAAAAAUCAAGCCCAGAGGAAAGUUAUCACGAAGUUUAGCUGUCUGCGAGGAGACCCCCACCUUUGAAGAAACCGUGGGAGGUCCAGACGCAAACGCAUCUAGCUGCCGUGAUGAAGCAACUUCCUGCAAGGAAGAAGAGCAAGAUCCAAAGGAGGACUCGCCAUCCAAAGUGUCCAGUGAAGAGUACACAGACUCCACCGGCAUAAAUCUGCAGCAGUUCAUCGUGGACAGCCUGAACAGCAACCCAAGAGACCGCUUGAUGCUGCUCAAACUGGAGCAGGAUAUGAGGGACUUCAUAGGCAGUGAUAGCCCCUUUAAGAAGUUCGCUCCCAUGUCUCCUUACCACCGCAUGCUGGUCCACAGGGUGGCGGCCUACUUUGGCAUGGAGCACAAUGUGGACCACACAGGCAAGUCUGUCAUCAUCAACACCACGAGCCGGACACGCACACCGGAGCGGCGUUUUCUGGAGAUGGUGCACAAGGGUAAGAGCGAAGAGAUCCAGCAGUGGAAGACGAUUCUGAAGAGAGACAACAGUUUGGAGGACCAGAGCCGCUGCCACCUUUUACGGGACAGGCAAAGCAAGUCGAUGGAAGAAAGGGAGGAGGAGUACCAAAGAGCACGGGAAAGAAUCUUCAACAAAGAGGAGUGCACUCGAGCAGAAACCAGGGACACGGAGGAAUACAACCCGUACGCUGAGACCCAGAGGAGAAGGCAGCUCUUCAGAGGGAGCCGCAACAGCUCAGGCUCCAGCUGGACGGGCAGCAGCAGGCAGAGCAGCAUGGAGACUGACUGUCACUAUAGCAACGACCCCCGACCUUGGAGCAGCACAGACUCUGACUCCUCCUACCAGUGGACGAAUCCGGGGCCCAAACCCCACCAGCCUGCCAGCCACAACUGGGACGCACGAGGCUCCAUCUCUCUUUACAUGCUGCCGUCCACAUGCUCCCAGCCUUCUCUUCCCGUCGCAGAGGAGCCCGCCCCGAAUCCCGUCUACAUGGGGGAGACGGAGAUCCCCCCAGGAAGCAUAUUAGUGAACCCCCGCACUGGACAUCCUUUCCUCAACCCCGAUGGAACCCCCGCUGUCUACAUCCCUGCAGACAAUCAGCAGCCAAUCAAAAGCCAGACUCCGCUGCAAAGCUGCCCCCCUCAGCCGCUUCAGCAGCAGGUGCUUCAGUGCUCGUCUGUGUCUUACACAGCCCCUCAGAUGGUAACCGUCGUUCCAUCGCAGCCCUACUCUACCAUUGAAGACCUCUCCUCGCAGUUCGCUCACGUGACGAUGGGCUGUCAGUCUACUGCAGAGCCUGCUCCUCUCUAUCCUCCCAGUCACGGCUUCACCUAUGCACAUCCAACUCUCCCCAACCCCCACAGCUACUGUCAGCCUCCACCUCAAGUGCCUGGUUAUUAUUACAGCCAGAACGCUCUGUCAGCUCAGUAUGGAUGCAGCUCGCCCGGCCAGCAUGGUCUCACCCAAGCGGCAGCAGCCCCUCCAGCAGGAAGCUUCACUCCUGCUCUGAAGAUGCAGCCGUCUCCCGGCAACCAGCCUCAGACUGUGCUGGGGACCUAUGCACCAGUUGGCCCCCACCAGUGUAGCAUUGCCCAGCAGGGAGGCGUUCCAGUGCCCUUUCCUCACAGUAAAGUUGCGACCGGAGGAGCAGGCGAUGUGGCAUACUGCUGCGUCGUGGCUCCGCCCCCUCAUCACAGCAGCGGCUGCCUCCCUCCUGGCUGUCCCAGCCUCGGCGCUCCGGUUUGGACCUCGCAGUACUGAAGAGAGUUUCUCCAGCUCCUGCACUGAUGCACAUCCCCCCCCCUUCCAUCCAUCCUCACCUUCAUCAAACUUCCUCAUCCCCCUUAUAGCGCCCCUCGGGCCCUCGCUCACAGCGAUAUAUGCUCCACCAUACCAAAGCUGAGUAGUAUACAUCAGAUUUACUGUACUGAAUGCAUAAUUUAUAUACACAAAUGGAGUUUUAUAUUAUUAAAUUAUAUAUUGUGUUUUAAAAAAAAAAAAACAGUGUGAAGAAAAUAAAGUGCUGUGGCUUGACUUGA